AGGAGGAGGAGGUUCAUUGUGUCUUUGCAGCAGCAGAAAAGAGUUAUAAAAGCUUGAGAAAAGCCCCAGCUUUUACUCCUUGAUAAUGCCUUAAACUUAACUCAGCCCUUUUCCAACUUGUCUUUUCUCCGGCCACCGCUAUCUUCAUCUCUUAAACCUUAUUAUAACGAUGAUAACUUUGUGGGACUUGUACCACGUUCUGACCGCGGUGGUGCCGCUCUACGUGGCGAUGAUCCUGGCCUACGGGUCCGUGAAGUGGUGGAAGAUCUUCACCCCUGACCAAUGCUCCGGCAUAAACCGCUUCGUGGCACUCUUCGCAGUCCCACUCCUCUCCUUCCACUUCAUCUCCACCAACAACCCUUAUGCCAUGAACUACAAGUUCAUCGCCGCAGACUCGCUCCAGAAAGCCAUAGUCCUCGCAGUGCUCUUGGUGUGGUCAAGAACUAGCUCAAGAGGCUCACUUGAAUGGUCCAUAACACUCUUCUCUCUCUCAACACUCCCCAACACGUUGGUAAUGGGUAUCCCAUUGCUGAAGGGGAUGUACGGUGAUGCCUCGGGAACACUCAUGGUUCAGAUUGUGGUGCUUCAGUGUAUUAUUUGGUACACCCUUAUGCUGUUUUUGUUUGAGUACAGGGGCGCGAGGCUUCUUAUAGUGGAGCAGUUUCCUGAUACUGCGGCUUCGAUUAUUUCAUUCAAGGUUGAUUCGGAUAUUAUUUCGUUGGAUGGGAAGGAGCCGCUUCAGACGGAGGCGGAGGUUGGUGAUGACGGGAAGCUUCAUGUGACGGUGAGGAAGUCGGCGAGUUCGCGGUCGGAGAUUUUCUCUAGGCGCUCUCAUGGCCCCAACUCGGUGUCGUUGACUCCGAGGCCUUCGAAUUUGACCAAUGCGGAGAUUUACUCGCUGCAGAGCUCGAGGAACCCGACUCCGAGAGGCUCGAGUUUUAACCACACGGAUUUUUACUCCAUGGUGAAUGGUAAGAACAACAACAACAACAACGUGAGUAUGAGUCCGAGGCAGAGUAAUUUUGGAGGCUUUGAUGAAGAAAGUGGUGGGGGUGUGAGGGUGAAUGGUGGUGCUGGUGUAGGUGGGUACCCUGGGCCUGCGAAUGCGGGGAUUUUUUCUCCGGUGGCGGCGAAGAAGAAGGGUGGUGAGAGUGGUGGUGGAGGGAAGGAUCUCCACAUGUUUGUGUGGAGUUCGAGUGCUUCGCCGGUGUCGGAAGGUGGAAUCCAUGUCUUCAGAGGUGGUGGUGGGGAUUAUGGGAGUGACCAGCUUCCUGUUGGUGGGGUGGCUCACCAGAAAGAUUAUGAUGAGUUUGGUCACGAUGAGUUUAGCUUCGGGAACAGAACCGUUGCUAAUGGGGUUGACAAGGAAGGGCCAGUGCUUUCAAAGCUUGGCUCGAGUUCCACAGCUGAGCUUCGCCCUAAAGCUCAAGGUGAAGCCAAACCUACUUCCAUGCCACCAACAAGUGUUAUGACAAGGCUCAUUUUGAUUAUGGUUUGGAGGAAGCUGAUUAGGAACCCCAACACAUAUUCCAGCCUCUUUGGUCUCACUUGGUCUUUGAUCUCAUUCAAAUGGAAUGUUGUUAUGCCAGCAAUUGUUGCUAAAUCGAUAUCAAUUUUAUCUGAUGCUGGUCUAGGGAUGGCAAUGUUUAGCCUUGGGUUAUUCAUGGCAUUGCAGCCAAAGAUUAUUGCGUGUGGAAACUCGGUUGCUUCCUUUGCUAUGGCAGUUCGUUUUCUUACUGGUCCUGCAGUCAUGGCUGUUGCUUCAAUCGUAGUAGGGCUCAGGGGAGUUCUGUUGCACAUUGCUAUCGUACAGGCUGCUCUGCCUCAAGGGAUUGUUCCUUUUGUGUUUGCUAAGGAAUAUAACGUUCAUCCUGACAUACUAAGCACGGGGGUUAUAUUUGGGAUGCUAAUUGCUCUUCCUAUUACUCUAGUUUACUACAUUUUGCUUGGACUUUGAAGCAUGUUGAGGACGUGAAAAAAGGAACCACCAAGUCACGAAAAAAAAGAGACUAAUUGCAGUGGAUAUUACACUACCCUUUUGUUAUAUUUAUAGGUUAAUUUUUUUGGCAUCCUCUAACAAUGGUAGAAUUUCGGAAUGAAGUUAGUGAGAGAGGGGGGAGUGACGUUGUAAUUAAUCAAUCUCCAAAACACAAACAAUGGUGAGAGUUGGGAAGGCAAGGAGAUGGUAUAUUUUAGGGCUAAUGGCUACUACUAGGAAACUUUUGUUUUGGCGGUUUUAGCCUUUUUUACUGUGAACCCCACUCAACUCUUUUAUUAUAUAUUUUGCUUCGUUUUAAUGGAAAAAAGAGAAAGUGAAGCUUGUUUGUAGUUGUCGACACCUUUCUCUUUCUUUUCACAA